AUGUUUGACUAUGAAACAGAAGUCGGGACGGUACAUGUUGAAAAGGGUAUCCUGCAGGAAGAAAUUGUGCAAAAGGAGGUUGAGAUAGGAGGUUUGUACGUCAGCAACGACUUAUUAGAGGAAAAACUUGAAAAAUCUGAAAAAGACAAAGCAAGUUUCGAAGAUGGCCUAGAUGACAUGGUAACCCAUAUGGUUACACAAGAAUACCACGAAAGAAAAACAUCUCUUCGUAAGUAUGUUGCUAUAUCUGUUUGUAUAUCUGUUGGUAUUUAUUUAGUUAUAUCUGUUGGAAUUUGUUUAGUUAUAUCUGUAUCUGUUAGUCUUUUGGACAAAGAAGAAGACAAAGACAAAAUGCAAGAAGAGGAGCAGAGCAAGGAAGGAGAAGUUGAUCAAACUAUCAGCGAAAGAGUUGAGAUAGCAACUGGAUUGCAUGAUGAAAUUUUGUCUGACGAAGUCAUUGACAAAACGAUCUACCAAAUCUUCAAAGACACGCAGGAAGGAGAAAGGAAGGAAGAAAAGAAAAGGAAGAGAAAACAAGAUGAUAUUGACCCGCCGUCAAUGGUAAAAGAUCUGAAGGGCAAAGAUGACAGAACAGUGAAGAUGGAGGAAGGGUUCAUCUACUAUCAAAGGAACCAGAAGGAAAGAAAGAAAAGCAAUUUUGCAUUUGAAAUGACAAAGCUGUUCAAUUACAUUUCGCAGGAAGAUAUGGAUCUACUAGAUACAAUUUAUGAAUUUGAGAAAGAAGACAAAAACAAUCGCAGAGCUUUCAUCUGGCACAACCCAGUCAACAAUGAUACAGUUACAAUCGAAGACGUCCUGAAUCUGUUGAACGAGGGUGAUAUCGGAAACACGUGCAUUGAUGGGCUCACUUACAUUUUGGAAAGACAGGAAGAAAAGACAGUAAAAACACACGGGAACUACUUCUACAUUACAUCCACCUGUUGGACACUAAUCAAAGAAAAAGCUGAUGCAAGAACAAACUUAAUUAACGAAAAGCUGAAAGAACUGGACAAAGUUAUCGACAUAAAUGGUGUUGCAUUCUACAAAUAUCUCAUAUUCCCGAUGAAUUCAAUGGGAGGCAGAAAAGUGAAAACUCCUGACCAUUGGACUCUUCUGGUCUACGAUACUUCCAAGCAACAAUGGAUGCACUAUGAUUCUUUGACGAAGCCCAAGAAAAAGAAGGAUCCUUACUUGACAGAUGCCUCCAUUGUGAAAGAGUACGUGGAAGAGCAAAUGAGGAAGUUGACUCUUAGUAAACCACCAAGCUUUGAACUCAUUUCUACACCUAAACCAGCACUGUUUCCAACCAACACACUCAGUGCUCCAAUAAGCUCCAUUGAUGAUGCGCCUCAGCAACAACCUGGAUCGGUUGAUUGUGGAAUAAUUGUGUGCUAUAUCAUUAAACAACUUGAAGAACAAAAGCCCGUCCCAACAUAUCUCACUGUGGAAAAUCUGAAAAAAUUCAGAGCUAAAUUGGUCUAUAUAUUCUUGAAUGACAAGCCCAGAACAUGGUCAAUAGAAGAAUGGAAAAGCAACCAGCUAAUGCACGGAAUGGCAACUUAGGCAUAUACUUUUGCUCAAGAAUUAAAGUUUUUUUGUCCAUACCAAGGGUUGUACAUAUUUUUUUGGUGUCCGGUGGUAAACUGUUAUCCUCAAACCGGACGACAAGGGUUAUG